AUGAAGUUCUUCCACAACUUCCUUGCCUCGCUUCUCUUCUUCCUCAUAAGCAUCAACUCGACCUCUGCCAUCAUAACCAACGUCAUAAUUCCCCAGGGCGUCCUUCACGGUCACAAAUUCACCCUCAAGUUUCUCACCGAGAAGAGCAUAGACAAUACUGUUCAGUACUACGUUAUAUUUGGACUACACCCUGGAACGAACCCGGUCGUCGGCGGGAAUAUUGGCGAACUCGUCUUGACCAGUCCUCACAGCGAUUUGGUUGAGGGUGGACACUCCGUCACUGGGCAUGGAAGUUUUAAGGUGGACGUUAUGUUGCCGAGUAACUUGAAGAUCAAGGGGAAGAAGGAAAUUUUUGGGUUGACGGUGACUAUUUUCCAAACCUUCUUCACGCUGUCAUAUCCAUGCAUACCCAAUCCCGACCUGACUCCCAGACCUCCUUCUUCAUCACCUCCGGAGUCCUACCCUACCGCUGUCCAUUCCGAUAUUCACCUUCGGUCCUGGCACCACACCUCCUCUCACCUCCUCUCACCUCCCAUGCCACCUCCACUCCUCUGUCCCUCUCCUGUCCUAUCUCCAUCUGCUCUGAUACCCACCUCAGACCAAACACCACCCCUCUUGCCACCCUCCUACUACUCCUCCUCCCACUCCUCUGCUUCCUCCCCACAACACCUCCACCCUUCCAUCACCCUCCUACUCUUCUCCCGUCUGCUCUGA